GUCCUCUUCUCCUCCCCCACUAAAAUUCCAAACCUCUUCAUCUCCCAUCACUUUGGUGUAAAGGGUUCCCAGAGAGUUUUUCCUGCCACACUUUCUAUCGUCUACCUGCUCUUUUUGGCUGAGGGAGCCUCCAGGCUUUACUAUCACACUUGCAUACGUGCACCUUUUGACUUUUUGAACAUUUUCUUGGGACGUGGCUCAAGAUGCCAGAGCCCACAAAGAAAGAUGAAACGCCAAAUGGCCAGCCAGAGGAAAGUGUUGCCCCAGACAGUAACGGUGCCCCAACCCUACCUGAGAUCUCCCUGGAGGUUUCUCCACCCCCAGAGGCAGUAGCAGAGGGGAAAGAGCCUGUAGAGACUGAUGGGAAGAAACCAGAGUCCACAGAGCCUGAGCCAUUACAGGCUGUGCUGGCUCAGGAGCCAAACCCCGCCGAGAAUGGUUCAAACCAAGCAGAACCUGGUGGGGUUGGGCUGAAAGAGCAAGCAGAGCCUACUAACACUGCUGUAAAGGAAGAGGGCUCUUGCUCUCCCCCACCACCUGAUGAUGAUAAUUCUGCAAUCACUACCAAAUCCCCAACACCCCAAACAGAGGACGGCAAUUCAGUCAAGAAACUCUCAAUUGAUCUGCCUAAUGAUAGCGUCCCUGUGCCAGCCACGGGGAGAAAAGACUCAGGUGGUGACAUCACUUUUGUUGCCAAGGUGGAAGCCAAGGAUCUCCUCCGCAAGCCCACUAUCAAGUGGUUUAAGGGGAAAUGGAUGGACCUGGCCAGCAAGACUGGAAAGCAUCUUCAGCUUAAAGAAAGCUUUGAGAGACAGACCAAAAUCCACACUUUUGAGAUGCACAUUAUCAAGGCCAAAGACAACUAUGCUGGAAAUUACAGGUGUGAAGUGUCCUACAAGGACAAGUUUGACAGCUGUUCCUUUGACCUGGAAGUUAAAGAGGCUGAAACGGGCUCACAUAGUCUUGAUAUUCGAUCAGCUUUCAAAAGGAGCAAUGAAGGACAAGAAGAUGCAGGGGAGCUUGACUUUAGUGGUCUCCUUAAACAUAGGGAACACAAACAGCAGGACGAGGCUCCAGACGUGGACGUAUGGGAAAUCCUGAAGAAGGCCAGGCCAGAUCAAUACGAGAAGAUUGCCUUUACAUAUGGCAUCACAGAUCUGAGGGGUCUGCUGAAGAGGAUGAAAAAGAUGCCUAAGGAGGAGAAGAAAAGUGAAGCUUUUGCCAAGAAGCUGGACCCAGCAUAUCAGGUGGACAAAGGUGGAAAGAUCCGCUUGGUGGUUGAUCUGGCUGACCCUACAGUUGAGCUGAAGUGGUACAAGAAUGGACAAGAAAUCAGGCCCUCCCCCAAGUACAUUUUUGAGCAUAAGGGCACACAAAGGAUUAUGGUCAUCAACAACUGCAGCGGAAACGAUGAUGCAGCCUAUUCGGUAGUUGCAGGGGAAGAAAAAUGCACCACGGAGCUGUUUGUCAAAGAGUUACCGAUUAAGAUUGUCAAGGGUAUUGAGCCGGUAAAGACCACAGUGAACGAGAGGAUUGAGCUUGAGUGUGAGGUGUCAGAGGAAGGCGCUCAAGUCAAAUGGAUGAAAAAUGGUGUUGAGGUUCCAACAGGAGUGCGUUCGAGAUACAGAGUUAAGUGUGAGGGGACCAAACACUACCUGGUGAUUGAUGAUGCCUCCAAAGAUGAUACUGGAACAUAUUCCGUCAUGGCCAGUGGUGGCACAUCUGAGGCUCAUGUUCAAGUUGACUUGAAACCCCUAAAGGUUUUUCAGGACCUGCAGGAUAUGACAGUGAUGCUGGGACAACCCAUCAAGCUAAACUGUGAAAUCUACCCAGGAAACGUCCCUGGCCGUUGGUACAGGAACGGGCAGCUGAUCCAGCCCAGUGAUCGGCUCAACAUCAUACAUAAGAAUAAGGUUCAUCGACUGGAAGUAGAAACCAGCUCUCUUCAUGACGCAGGAGAUUACACAUUUGUACCUGAAGGCUACUCACAGAGCCUUUCUGCUAAAAUCCACAUCAUAGACCCUCCAAGAGUGCACUUGGAAAGCCUGAACUUUCCAGACAACACAGUCACAGUGGUGGCAGGAAACAAACUUCGCUUAGAGGUCCCCAUCAGUGGAGAGCCAGCACCCAGAGUGGUGUGGAUGAAGGGGGAGAGGGUGAUUCUUGACUCAGGCCACCGUGUCCGUGCUGAGACGCAUGGCGACCAGACCAGUCUGACAAUUGAGGUCACAGAGCGAGAGGACACAGGCAACUAUAAGAUAGUUUUGCAGAAUGAGGCUGGUGAGGCCACAGCUGCAAUCAAAAUCAAAGUCGUUGACAUUCCUGACCCUCCUGAGGCACCCUUGGUCCCAGUCGUAGGUGGGGACUGGUGCUCUAUGACAUGGGAACCACCAAAAUACGAUGGAGCUUCACCAAUAUUAGGCUACUUCGUUGAGAGAAAAAAGAAACAGAGCUCCAGAUGGAUGAGGCUGAACUUUGACCUGAUUAAAGAAACAUCAUUUGAACCCAAGAAGAUGAUUGAAGGGGUCCCAUAUGAAGUGCGAAUCUUUGCAGUCAAUGCUAUUGGUGUCUCUAAACCCAGUGAACCAUCCAAAGCCUUCACUCCCUUGGCUGUGACCAGUGAGCCCACUAUGCUGGUUGUGGAUGAUGUCACUGACACCACUGUGACUGUCAAGUGGCGCCCGCCUGAAACCAUUGGAGCUGCCGGGCUGGAUGGAUACUUGGUGGAAUAUUGCAUCGAAGGAAGUAACGACUGGGUAAUAUCCAACAAGGAACUGACAGAGAAGACCAAAUACACCAUCAGUGGGCUGAGCCCCGGGUGUAAAAUUUUAGUCAGAGUCAAGGCUGUCAAUGCAGCUGGAGCCAGCACUCCGCGGACUCUGCAGCACUCCAUUCUGGUCAAAGAAGUUGUUGAACCCCCCAAAAUCCGUGUUCCACGACACCUGAAACAAACAUACACUCGCAAAGUUGGAGAAGUAGUCAACCUAGUGGUGCCUUUUAUGGUAAGCCUGUUAGCUUCACCACUGUAUAAUAUUGAUCGCAUGAUGAGAUCACUAAUGCUGCUCGGCAUGUGUAUCCAGGGCAAACCAAGACCAAAGGUCACCUGGCUAAAGGAUGGACAGCCAAUAGAGCCUUCCCAUGUAAGCAUCCGCAACACAGACUGUGAUAGCAUCAUCUUCAUCCGUAAAGCAGAGCGCAGCCACUCUGGGAUGUAUGAGAUGAAAGUGCAAGUGGAAAACCACACGGACACAGCUGUCAUUGACAUUCAAAUUGUUGAUCUACCUGGACCGCCCAAAAGUGUGACUAUUGAGGAUGUCUGGGGAGAAAAUGUGGCUCUGGUCUGGACUCCACCAAACGACAAUGGGAAUGCCCCAAUAACAGGCUACACUAUACAAAAAGCAGACAAAAAGACAAUGGAGUGGUAUACAUGCAUUGAGCACUACCAUCGCAACUGUAUCACCAUCACAGAAUUGGUGGUUGGGAAUGAGUACUACUUCAGGAUCUUCUCUGAGAACAUGUGUGGUCUGAGUGAACUUGCCACCCAAACCAAAAACAGCGCUCUCAUUUUGAAAGAAGGCCUGAAGAUGAAAACAGCAGAGUACAAUGACCACGACUUCAAGGAAGCGCCAAAAUUCACGCAGCCGCUUAUCAACACAUUUGCCAUUGCUGGGUACAAUGCGACUCUGAACUGUAGUGUCCGUGCAAAUCCAAAGCCAAAAGUAAUCUGGAUGAAGAAUAAAAUAGCCAUCAUUGAUGACCCACGCUAUCGUAUGUUUAGCAACCAAGGAGUAUGUACUCUUGAGAUUAGGAAGCCGAGUCCGUAUGACGGUGGUAUCUACAGCUGCAAGGCCAUCAACGACUUGGGGGAGGCCCAAGUGGAAUGCAAGCUUGAGGUCAAAGGAGGCUUCACUUUCUGCGAGCUCAUGAAACGCGGAGUGCCACUACACCUGAUUGAUAAGUACAUGAACGAGGCGAAGAUUGUUGAGCAGGAGAAGUAAGACUGAAAACAGUGCAAUAAGACAGUUGGGCUUUGCAGACGUCAGACGCCCUCUUAUCUUACCUUUCGAAGUCAGCUGACUGAUACUAAAAAAGAAGGAAUGGUGGCACCUGAGGAGGGGGUUUGAGGGAGGGUGCAUUGGUCUUUGCUGUGGGAUGCUGUGUGCAGAUUUGGUAAUGAAAAAAUCCAGUUAAUUCUCUGUCAGUUUGUUAUAUUUGAAAGAGUCAAUUCAAAUGCAUGUCAGUAAUGUUUUGGUUGUAGCUUUAAUAUGAAUAUUUUGUGUGCAUUCCUGCAGUGUUAAAUGUGUAUUUUUGUUGGGAGUGAGUGAUUAAGGUGAUUUAUUCUCUGGGGUGUGAAAGAAAGGAAAUGGGAAUGCGAAAACUAUGCCUUACUGUUAGUAUGGUGUCAGUGUAUUUCUGUAUGACAAGAUAAAACUAAGACUUGGGUAAUGUUGGAAAAAGAUUGUGUUGAUCCUCUUAAUUUAAAUACCAUUUAACUUUUUUAUGUGCAAGUGGCGUUUGUCUAAUAGACAAGAAAAUGUAGAGGUUUACGCACAGUCCAAAUUCUGCAUGACACAUUAUGCUUUUUGGAUUUAAAGUGGACUAAGCUUGAUUGAGGUUCAAUCAUAUGUGCAUGCCUUUACCCUUGUACUGAUGAUAUGGAUUCAAAUAAACCCUAAAUUUGAAAAGGUG